GUAUUAGAACGUUAGGUAGCACCGCGUCGGCAGCACGUAUACCACGUUUAUGUAUGAACGAUAAAUAGAGAAAUUUCUUUGUUUUAAAGAAAUUCCGUGUUAAAUUUGUCAUGUUCAGUGAAUGAGUUAUGGAUUUUUCAACCAGUGAUCAAAUAAGAUAGGAGGAACCCAGAUCGUGGUGAUGCUCCUAGUUUUGAAAGUUAUCUGCAGAAAUGUUGGAAGUACCGGAUAAUAUCUCCGAAGCCAGCUUCGUAACUAGCGUAGAGGAAGCUGUUCGGAUAGACCAAUGCACGCAGACUCCGCCGGUUGGAAAGUCUAGACCAAAAACUUUACAACGAUAUAACACUACCGACCACCUAUUAUACGAACGACCCAGACCCUAUAGGCUAAGAGAGUUCCGACCGAAGAGUUUGGGUUUAUGCGAGUCAAGUCAGUGCCUCGGUAAACCUCCCAGCUAUGAUAGCGGCUGUCAAGUCAAGGUCAAGUUGCCGUCAGAUAGUCCGACUAUUUCAGUGACUCCCCCCCACAGCCUGGAGUACGACUGCCCCAAGGGUAGCAGUGGCACUGUUACCCCCACAAUGAUUACAAGCAAACCAGCGACAGUGCUCUUAAGCCCUGGAUAUUUACAGAGCCCUUGUCAAUGCACCCAGUCCAUUAAGAGCGGCAGUGAAGUAGCUCUGGCUAUGCCGUGGAGUGAGGAAAAGGCUUCGUCGGAUGGACUCUCGUGGCGCAGGUUACACAUGUCCCGAGCCAAGCUCAAAGCUACCGCCACCACUUCCGAAUUGCUCUCAGGUUUCGCGAUGGUAGCGAUGGUGGAACUUCAAAUAAACGAACCGACGAAUGUGCCCGAGUGGUUGUUUGUGAUGUUUGCUGUGUGUACAACAGUAUUAGUUGCUGUUCACAUCUUCGCUCUCAUGAUCUCUACCUACCUCCUGCCGAAUAUAGACGCGGUCAGCAAGAUGGACACACCGGGGGAUCCCGCUAGAGCAUUGAGGGAUUCCCCGCACGAGAGAAUGCGCGGUUUCAUAGAACUCGCCUGGGCCUUUAGUACUGUUUUAGGCUUAUUUUUAUUCUUAGUGGAGAUAGCUAUAUUGUGUUGGGUCAAGUUCUGGGACUAUUCCUUCGCGGCCGCAACCGCAGCCACAGUUAUUGUUAUACCAGUAUUGAUAGUGUUCGUUGCGUUCGCGAUACAUUUCUACCACUCGCUAGUUGUACAGAAGUGUGAGACUUCCGUCCAAGACAUCAAACAACUAGAAAACAUGAAGAGAGACCUCGAUACUGCUACAGUAAAAGUUAAUAUGUUUUAGACACAAGUGGCUUUUUAAUUGUUAUCUGUGAAGGCUACAGUUAAAACUAGUAAUUCUAAAACAAUAUAAAAAAUGAAUUCUCCAGCACUGUUUUAACUUAAAAUGUAUUAGACAUUAGUGAUGUUGUAUUUGUUAUCUGUGCAAGCUACAGUUUAAACUUGUAAUGCCAAAACAUUAUAAAAAAUAAUAAUUGUCAGCACUAUGUUAAUAAUUUAAUAUGUAUUAGACAUUAGUGACGAGUGAAGUAUGUGUUAUCUGUGAAGACUACAGUUGAAAGUUGAAACUUGUAUUGACAAUUGCCAAAACGAUGUUAAAGAAAAUGUGUGCAGCACUGUUAUUAAAACUUAGAAAAUAAUUAUAGUAUUAAGGUUUGCUGUUUUGUUAACGUACUAUUGCUAACUAAUUAGCCCACCACACAUUUACAUAAAAGAGGUUUCUAAGAUGAUGCAGUAGUUGAAUUAUUCCACAAAAACAAAACAAAUAUGCCAAUUAACAAUGGUAUGAGACAAACUAUUGUAAAUUAUUCUGAAGUGAAACUUUUUUGGUCGAGUAUAUGAUAUAAAAAAAAAAAUACUGUUGAUGUGUUAAAUUAUAUACCAUACUAUAAUAAAGUAGAAUAUAUAAAAUGUGCCUUGAGUGAAAUUAAAUAAUAUAUAAUAAUAUAGUAUACAAUUACUCAUAAAAAUUUUGUACCUUUAACUUAAAAUUCAUAAGACUGUAAUCAAGAUUAGUAUAAAGUAGAUGAAAAACAUGUGAUGCCUAUGGUGCUUACAUAAAAAUAUUGAUUGUGAGGUAGAUUAAUUCUGAAAUUUUAUAAACAUUAUGGACCAAUUGUUAGUUUUUAAAUAUAUUUAUAUGAAACACAAUUUUUAACUUAAUACACUGUAGUAUUAUUGAAGCUAUUAAAUAAUUUGAUUGUGAAA